AUGGAUUUCUACCUCCGUUGCAACUCUCUAAAGUGCCGAGAACAACUGAAGGACAGGGCAGUCGUCACCACCUGUUCACACAUCUUCUGUCUACACUGUGCAGGAAGCCUUGGUCUAUCGCAUCCCACGGCAAAUGAGCGAACCUGCCCAGCCUGUCAGACUGUUCUCGUGAACCCCGACGACGCGGUAGCAACGGCCCUCAACCCAACGGAAGACUACAAGACCAGUGUUCUAAGCGGACUUGACCCGAAUACAAUCAUAGAGUGCGCCGGACGGGCGUUGCUCUUUUGGACAUACCAGACUACACAGGAAAUCUUCUACCAGGAGUACCUUGCAAAGACACUGACAGAGAAGUACACCAAUCUGAAUACACAAAUGGACAAGGUCAUACACAACGCGAACUCGGAGAUAUCGGCCCUACAAGCGAGAAUAUCAGCAGAUAUGCAGACAGCACAGGACCAACUUCGUAAGAAGAACCAGGAGCUAGUCGACAUGUAUCGAGAUAAGUGCAAGAAAUUCACACAAAUGACAAACUUAUACAACAUACUCAAAUCCCGAGCGAUGCGAUCCCAAAUGCAGACCGCUGCAACAGAUACUGUAUCCCAAGCGCUGGAUUCGCUAACAGCCUCUCGAAACAAUCUAUCUGAACUUGAACCCAAACACACAGAGACAUCGAGACCGCCACAAACCCCAUUGUCUAGGCAAUCCAACGUAUAUCCCGUCAACCAGGAAGGCGUGGAACAACUGCAUCGUCAUCAACGGAGCGGAACUGGAAGUUCAAAAGGUCGCAAAGAGAGGACUGAUGUCGCUGCAAUGCCACCGCCUAGCCGUCCGACAGACAUUCGGAGCAAACACAAUCAGCCUGCCGCAACACCACAACAUCGAACCCGUCUCGUGGGUCCUUCACGUCCUUCAACGGGAAGAACGCAGCUCCCUCACGACCGUAUAAUGCUAGAGCGAUUUCAAGCCGAGGCUGGCCCAGCUAAUGCUCUCCUAGAAACACGAGGUACAAUGAGAGGAACGGAUGUCGGCAUGCAACUUCCUAGCCAGAGACGAAGCCCCACAGAACGUCCUGGACUGGGCUCUUUCUUUGACAGUACGAUCAUAUAG